GAUGAAAAUAAAUGAAAUAUUUCUAUUUUACAAGUAUCGCUAACGCGAGACUUCGGUGACCAUCAAUGAGGAUCAAGGUCGCACUUCAAGGUCGUCUAUUCCUUCACCGGGUGAUCAAAGGACGGUGCUUUUCCUCAGAAGUUUCAAAAUCAUCAAACAAGAUGCCAAUCACCACUCUUCACGCCAGACAGAUCUUCGACAGCCGUGGCAAUCCGACUGUUGAAGUCGACCUUAGGAAUGAAAAUGGCCUGUUCCGUGCUGCUGUGCCCAGUGGUGCCUCCACCGGCAUCUAUGAAGCUCUAGAGAUGAGGGACAAGGACCCUAAAGCCUACCAUGGAAAAGGUGUUUCUAAAGCUGUAAGCAAUGUCAAUGAUUUAAUUGCAAAGGAGUUUAUCGGAAAAGACAUUGACCUGAAGGACCAAAAAGCGGUUGAUGACCUCCUCUUGAAGCUUGAUGGCACCGAGAACAAGUCCAAACUAGGAGCUAAUGCUAUGCUGGGAGUGUCACUGGCCGCUUGCAAGGCUGGAGCUGCUGCCAAGGGUGUGCCUCUGUACCGUCACAUUGCUGACCUGGCUGGAAAGAAGGACGUCAUCCUCCCAGUCCCUGCCUUCAACGUCAUCAACGGCGGCACCCACGCCGGCAACAAGCUGGCCAUGCAGGAGUUCAUGAUUCUGCCCACAGGUGCCAGUUCCUUCACUGAAGCCAUGAAGAUGGGGACAGAAACCUACCACCACCUUAAAGCUGUGAUCAAGAAGAAAUAUGGCCAGGAUGCUUGCAAUGUUGGUGAUGAGGGUGGAUUUGCACCAAACAUCCUUGAGAACAAAGAAGGCUUGGAGCUGGUCAAGGUGGCUAUUGAGAAUGCUGGCUACACUGGCAAGAUCCAGAUCGGCAUGGACAUUGCUGCAUCAGAGUUCUGCAAGGAGAAGAAAUACGAUCUGGACUUCAAGAGCACAGACUCUGACCCUGCUAAGUGGCUGUCAUCGGAUGCCCUGGCUGAUCUGUACAAAGGGUUCGCCAAGGAUUACCCCAUCGUCUCCAUUGAGGACCCCUUCGACCAGGAUGACUGGGAGGCCUACACCAAGUUCACAGGAUCUGUUGACUUCCAGGUUGUAGGUGAUGACUUGUUGGUGACCAACCCCACACGUGUGCAGAAGGGCAUCGAUAUCAAGGCCUGCAACUGUCUGCUGCUGAAAGUCAACCAGAUUGGAACCGUCUCGGAAUCUAUCAAGGCGUGCUGCAUGUCCCAGGACGCUGGCUGGGGGGUGAUGGUGUCACACAGGAGUGGAGAGACAGAGGACACAUUCAUUGCUGAUCUCGUCGUCGGACUCUGCACCGGACAGAUAAAGACCGGAGCUCCAUGCAGAUCUGAACGUUUAGCCAAAUACAACCAAAUCCUUCGUAUUGAAGAAGAACUCGGCUCAAGCGCAAAAUACGCAGGAGUAAACUUCCGCCGCCCAGAGGCAUAAAGUGAACUGUUAGAUUCUAAAUGCUCAGUGCAAGAAAAGCUAUUUAGUUUUCAGCUUACCACUUUCCAUAGCUUUUUGAAUGUGCCAUAUUAACAUGUCCCACGGAGAGAAGUGACCGUCACAUUCAGCUACAACAGCUUGGUGCCCAGCUUGAUGCUAUUCACGAAUGGGGUUACGGAUGUCUGUUUCAUUUGUUAUUUGUGUUUUGUUGUAUAUUUUGUUACCAAUGUUUUCUUCUUCUCACGUUGAUACAUUCAGUAACUUAUGGUUUACAUCAGAAUGAUUGAUGAAUCAUGUUUUGGUAUGACAACCCAAGAUUCGAUUUGAAGGAGUGAUUUGACCUUGAUGUGACUCUUUGAUGCCGACUGAAAAGGCAGUUGUUAAAGAUAUUGACGGAUUAUAUCCUGUGCAUCUUUCUCUGUAUAUAUCACUGCAGUUAUGUAGCUACACAUUAUGAAUGGAUGCACAUAGUUGCAUUGUUGAAGAAGUAUUAACUAUUGGUGAAAAUGUCAAUGCGUUUACCGGUGCAUUAACAUUGCAUAGCUCUUGAGGCCACCCUCAGUAAUCACCAUGACUGGAUUCUGUGUUAAGUUUUUUACAAUGGGUGGAAUACAUCACCUCAACUUCAUCUUACCAUUUCGGGUAGAAUAGGCCUAGUCGUAAGAGGGGACUAACGGGAUCGGGUGAUCAGGCUUGCUGAUUUUGAUGAUGCAUGUCAUCGUAUCCCAAUUGCAUGGAUCGAUGCUCAUGAUGUCUAUCACCGAAUUGUCUGGUCCAGAAUCGACUGUUACAGACCGCCGUCAUAUAGCAGGUAUAAUGCAUUAAACAAAAAACAAACAUUUACAUCAGCUAAGAUACUGUCAUCUAGUAUUUCAGGGCACAUGAUUGUAGUUAGUUGAUCAAUGGGCAUUGUUUGACAUUGGAGGACAUGUACAAAUCAUAAGAUCCCAUUCUAGCUGUUGUUCAGGUCGGUGGCAUGGCCAAGUGGGUAAAACGAUUGCUCGUCACGUUGAAGAUCCAGGUUCGAUUUUCCUCGUGGGUACACCGUGUGAAGAUCAUUUCUGGAGUACCCCCUGCGUGAUAUUGCUGGAAUAUUGCUGAAAGCAGCGUAACAUACAACUCACUCACUCACUCACUCUUAUAGUAACUGUGUUGCACAGUUUCCAGUCAUGAUGGUGUGAGGUGGUUGCAAGUCUAGGCUGCUCAGAUCUGUGUUCCGAUGUAGGACUGUUACUGUUACAAAUCUUACAUCACUCCUAGCUCCAACAGUGCUAAUCUCGUCAGGUCAAUGUCCUGAUGCUUCCCUUUCUGUUGUAUGUAUUACAUCCUCUCAAUAAAAUAUCCCAUUUUGA